GCUUGGCAGCUCGCGCAACGCGCAGGCCUGGCUCCGCCAUGGUGCGUCAAGGACAGAAAAUGCGCUGAAUUCUCGGGCAUUUUCCCGUCGAGGGCGAGUUUCCCGUUCGUCAUGAGCCUUAUUUCGUCUACCGUGGAUACGCGCCCCCGCGUGGACCCGUCGUUGUUCACAACGGCCCGCCUCUGCCGCACGGAAGCCGAGUCGCACAAGGGCGGAAACGCGAAAGCCGCGGUGCAGCGCCUUGGCCCCGCUCGGCUGGGCUGCGCGCAAGUGACUUAAAUAAAACAGUUUUCGCGUCUGAAUUGGGCGCCUCUUGGUGCAAAAAUGGCUCAGCAACAUGUUCUGUCAGCAAUUGUGCUGGUAACAUGCAUUGUGUGUUACUACAACAGCUGUUAUUGUGGAUUUGUGUUUGAUGACAUCAGCGCAAUUAAAGAUAACAGAGAUUUAAGACCCCAUACACCAUUAAAGAAUGUUUUUCUUAAUGACUUCUGGGGAACUCCUAUGCACAAGGAACAAAGUCACAAAUCAUACAGACCACUGUGUGUUCUUACCUUUCGAUGGAAUUACCUCUUGCACCAGUUAGACCCAUUGGGUUACCACCUGGUCAACAUGCUCUUACAUGGAGUUGUAUGCCUUAUGUACUUCAGGAUGUGCUCUAUGUUCUUGCCUGAAAUUUCAAGCUUUGUAGCAGCUAUGUUAUUUGCUGUACACCCUAUUCAUACUGAGGCAGUAACAGGAGUAGUUGGAAGGGCUGAAACACUGUCAUCAGUUUUCUUUUUGGCUGCAUUUUUGUUUUACUCAAAGGCUACAAAGAGAAAACGAGUAACAGGAUGGCAACAUUUGAUACUUUCCAUGGGAUGUGUGGCAGUGGCCAUGCUUUGCAAAGAGCAAGGUAUAACUGUCACUGGAGUUUGUGGGAUUUAUGAGAUUUUUGUAGCCCAAAAGCUCCGCAUCAGUGACCUACAGUAUCUUGUUCGAUGGCUGGUCAGUGGAAAAGGAACUGUUAACAAUUCAUGGACUCCUGAUGUCACACGUAGACUUGCAGUUCUGUUUGCUUCAACAGUUGGGCUGUUGGUUUUGAGACUUCAAAUAAUGGGUUCAAAGUUACCUGUCUUCACCAGAUUUGACAACCCAGCCUCUGUUGCUUCAACACCAACAAGGCAGUUAUCUUAUGCCCACCUAAUCAGUGUUAAUUUGUGGCUAUUGUUGUUUCCCUGUGACCUUUGUUGUGAUUGGACCAUGGGAACUAUUCCUUUGAUUGAGUCCAUCUUAGACCCUCGAAAUGGUGCUACUUUAGCCACUUUCACUAUGCUAGGGCUGCUUGGGUACACAGCUUUAACUACAAACAAUAGACAACAAGCAACAGUCCUAACCAUGGGAUUUGCAUUGUUGGUGUUGCCAUUCCUCCCUGCGUCAAAUUUGUUCUUCCCAGUUGGAUUUGUCGUGGCUGAAAGAAUUUUGUACAUGCCCUCUAUGGGUUUCUGUUUGUUAAUUGGAUACGGAUGGAGUUUGCUGUUUGAAAAGAAGAGAUUACGUCGAAUGGCUUGGAUGUGCCUGGGAGUGCUCCUGUUUGUUCAUGGCUGCAAAACAUACACCAGAAACUUUGAUUGGGAAUCAGAGUACAGUAUAUUUAUGGCUGGCCUGCGGGUAAACCAACGUAAUGCAAAACUUUUUAACAAUGUUGGACAUGCUCUAGAGAGUCAAGGUCAUUUUGAGGAAGCUCUUCAGUACUUCCAUAAAGCAGUGAGUGUCCAACAAGAUGAUAUUGGUGCUCAUAUAAAUGUUGGAAGAACCCUCAAUCAUUUAAAAAUGUACAAAGAAGCUGAAGAUGCAUAUCUUAAAGCUAAAUCACUUUUGCCAAAAGCUAAGCCAGGAGAGUCUUAUCAAGCCCGCAUUGCUCCAAACCAUCUUAAUGUUUUUCUCAAUCUUGCUAAUCUUAUUGCAAAAAAUGAGACCCGUUUAGAGGAAGCAGAUCUAUUAUACCGACAAGCCAUUAGUAUGCGUGCGGACUACACUCAAGCAUACAUAAACAGAGGAGAUGUAUUGUUAAAGUUAAAUCGCACCAAGGAAGCACAAGAAGUGUAUGAAAGAGCAUUAUUCUAUGACUCAAACAAUCCAGAUAUAUAUUAUAAUCUGGGUGUUGUAUUUUUGGAGCAGGGGAAAGCUCCACAAGCCUUAGCAUAUUUAGACAAAGCCUUGGAAUUUGAUCCUGAACAUGAGCAAGCUCUUCUUAACUCAGCAAUUCUUUUGCAAGAGCUUGGCCGCGCAGAACUUCGAAAAGUUGCUCGUGAACGUUUACUAAAGUUAUUGCAAAAGGAUGGUACAAAUGAACGAGUUCACUUUAACUUAGGAAUGUUAGCCAUGGAUGAUCAUGAUGUUGCUGGUGCAGAACACUGGUUUCGUCAAGCUGUGCAACUAAAAGAAGAUUUUCGAUCUGCUCUUUUUAAUCUUGCAUUGCUUCUUGCUGAUGAUCAUCGACCUUUGGAAGCUGCUCCAUUUCUCAAUCAACUUGUCAAGUACCAUCCAGACCAUGUCAAAGGUCUCAUUCUUCUUGGUGACAUUUAUAUAAAUACCAUCAAAGACCUUGAUGCUGCUGAAAAUUGCUACAAGCGCAUCUUACAGCUUGAUCCAGAAAAUAUUCAGGGUCUUCAUAAUUUAUGUGUAGUUUAUGUAGAGAGAGGUGAACUUGUGCGUGCGGAGAAGUGCUUGGCACGUGCGCAUUUAAUGGCACCUCAUGAAGACUAUGUUUUAAGGCACCUCAAAAUAGUUCAGACUCGUAUUGCAAAGUUGCAGUUGAACACUGAUUCUGGUGAUGCAAAUGCUGAUUUACCCAUAGAUUCAGAAUCUCAAAAUUUACACAAAACCAUUCCAGACUUUUCAAGGAGAGGAAACCUUGACUCUUCAGAUGAUGUACGUCGUGCAGGUAGUUCAGAGGGUAAUCCUGGAAGAGGAGAUUCUGUUGCUUCGGGUAAAAGAAUUAACAGGCGUCCUGCCCAACCUCCAGUGUAUGUAAACAAUGUUCCUACAGGAAGUACAACAAAAAAGGUUUUGAGGGCGUCAUUGGAAUACUCAGAAUAUCCUCCUGAACUUCCAAAUCCACUUGAUACAAGUGAUACAGAUACACCUUUCUCAUAGUGAAACAGGACUCCUAUGAUUCCAAUCUUGUUGACAAUCAUAACAUCUGGAAGGCUUUUCUGAGCCAGUGUUUGCAAGGCUGUGUCUGUUCACUUUUAAACAUCUUGACUACCCUUGAACGUUUCAUGUCGGGUAGAAUUAAUUAAGGCAAAGAUGAAUUGGCUUUGUGCAAGCUGUGCUCAAUCUUACUUGACAGGUCCAGUGCAAUUUUAGCCUCCUAAAUUUUUACGGGUCUAUUUGUUUACUUCUUAAAUAAUUAUGUGCAGUGAUCUUAAGGCUGAUUCGCCGUUUUUUCAGUGUGAACGAAGGCACUGCUUCACUAGUACCAUGUGCAUCGUUGAAUACACUCCUGUGUUGCGGGUUUGCCUACUCCCUUUCGACCGUAAGGCGCCAUGGCCCCUGUAGCCCGAUCGAGUAUCCUAUCCCACGACACAAGAGCGCACUUAAAGAUAUACCCGGUACAUAUUUGUACAUCAAUCAAGCACAGAUUCCAUGUGUUUCAGCCAAUUUUGACUGAUAUGAAAAAUUCUGAGCUUCAGCUUUCGAAGAGACUUUUGCACUCCUAUUCAUCUUGUCUUAGCUGUAAUCUUCUGUGAUACUUUCUCUUUCUGAUUGUGAAGAAUUGAUGAAUCUUAUCUCAUGAAUCUUUGUAAUUUAUCUUUUGAAACACGAGCAGUGUCUCAAAAGUGUGUGUACAUGUGACUGCAGAUUUUUUUAAGAUAGCCUUUGAUACAGGUCUACUAUUUAAAAGUCACUGUGUAGUCUUCACAAUUCUUGACUGAUAUCAUUCUCCCUUAUUUUGUGUGAUAAUUAUGGAGAUUAGCUGUUUAUGUUCUUAGUAUUAAUUUCAUUUUUCAUUCUGUUUUAUUUACGGCUGUCUUUUGUCAUGAUUUUGUUAUAUACAUAUACAUUCCAAUAACUUCCUCUUUCUUUUUGCAGCUUUUUUAUUUCUAAUAUCAUUUAGAGCUGUAAAUGAGGCUAUCAGUAUUUUUUGUUUACCUUUAUUUAUCUUGAAGUGCCCACGUUUUACUUAAUUAAAUGGGAUGAUUUGAUUUUUUCUAUGAAUGACCUGUUUUAGACUUGACACUAAUAUGCAGCUAGAUGUAGGUCAGGAAAUAUGUGAUGUUUCCGUAACUGUGCAGAAGAAGCUGUCUGUCUGGUUUUGUACUGAUGUUCCAUUUUGCAGUUGUGUUGAUUGAAAUACAAAUAUACAAUUGUCUGGACUGCUAGAAAGGGCUCACCACACUAAGAUGAUGUCAUGGGACGUCAAAGCUGUGCCUUCUGCAAAAUGUCUUAUUUUUAAGGAAUGUUUCUUUUGUAAAGUACAUGAAUGUAUUUUUUUAUGUCACAUAGUGUAUGUGGAAAAGAAUAUUUGUUUCAUUACACUUAAAAGGGAAAAUAUUGAUAUUGUUUGUAAUGUAAUGACAGAAAAGCUUAAAAGAUUUUAGUAAAUUAAACAGAGAUGUUAUGGUAUAUAGAGAGAAUAUUAAUUGUAUAAAUGAUGUAAUAUUAGUGUACAAUAAAUCUUUUGUAUGUAGUUGCUGAAGUGGUAGUUGGAAUUGCCCCUUCAGUAGCGUGUUGUCCAAGUGUGUAAAUGUUCUUUUGUGUGAAGAAAAAUGUGUCAACAAUUGUAUUUUUCAUGCCAAGAGUUUUUGUAGGAAUACCAAUUCAAGAUAUCUGGCUGCAUCUAUGUGAAUCAGUUUUACAACUUACUUGGAAAAGUAUGUUAGUAUGUUAUUUUCUCUGAUCCUCCAAUUUCUGUUGCUCUGCUUUUAAGUAGCAUAGAUAAUAAAUAUUGACCAGCUGUCUCAGAGCAUGUCUUGAUAUGAAACAAUUUCCAUGUCUGUGUUCUCUAAACGUGUUUUGAAUAAAAGUUAUACUUCAACUCCAUUCACCAUAAAAA